ACGUUCAGGUCGAACAAAUAAUGAAACGACGUCACAAUAAACUGACCAAUAAGAUUUAUUCCCUAAUCAAUGUUAAUCUUGCAGGGUCCGUAAAUCUUUCUCAGCGGAAAUAACGAUGCAUUAUCUGUUUUGGAAGCGCGUCACGAGAUCGAAGAAAGCAUUCCAGGACUUAGCUGUCAAAAAAAAUUUAGUCACAGAAGUACUAAUGCUGAUUAUCUAAUUAACCAAUCGGUUGAACAUCAUAUCUAUAAAAUUAUUAAAUUCACGGUGAACAAUGGAAGAACAACCGUUGAAUUCAGGAGCUGACAAAUCUCCAUCUUCCUAUGCGAUUAAUAUUCCUGAAAGUGCCUCCUAUGAAGAAUGCUAUGCAGUAUAGCCCAACUGCUCCGCCACCACCCCCAGGAUAUUAUCCGAGUAAACCUGCAACUAAUAACUUUGUACCAUCUUAUGGUUCUACGGAUUCCACUAACAUUGCAGUAGUCGGUGGAUGUCCUGCAUGUAGAGUAGGUAUAAUGGAAGAUGAUUUUACAUGUCUUGGACUGCUAUGCGCAAUUUUCUGCUUCCCCAUUGGAAUAAUUUGCUGCCUUCUGUUAAAAACACGGCGUUGUUCUAAUUGCGGUGCUUAUUUCGGUUGAUACAUAAUGAUUUAAAUAAUAUAAGAGAAUUGCAAAAUUUAAAAUUAGGUAUGUUACUAAGUUAAUAUUCGUAUAGAUACAAAAAUAUAAGAACAAACAUGUUAAACGGAUUUUUUUUAAUUAUUUUGUGCAACUAUAGUAAUCUAAGCUAUAGUUCUAAGUGAUUUAUACAGCCCACCUGAUAUCUUUACGAUUUUAAAUUUAAAUUUGUUUUAAUUCUAUAAAAUUGAAAUUUUUCUAAAUUGUGUGUGAACAAUUUCGAUUAAUAUUGUUGCACUUUAUUACAGUAUAUUUUACCAAUAAUAGAGAGUAUAAAGCAACGUUAUGGCAUAUUUUAAAGUAUUAUUUUAAUAUAUCAUAUAAGAAUAAAAAAUUAUAAAUUUAUUUAGAUUAAUAUAUGUUCUUAUUUACAUUCUUACUGGAUGUAUAGAAAAUAUGAAAGGAUAUAGAGGUGUCCGAAGCAAAGUUCAUUGAAAUUUUCAUAAAUAAAGUUUAUAAUUUGUAUUAAAAUAAAUAUUAAUUCGAUUAAUGUAAUUCAUUGAAACUUGUUGCUGACCUCUUUAUCGAUCUUCUUGUAAAAUUUUAUACUUUAUAGCAAUAUCUUUCAGUGCCUGUUACUUAAUUUUUGAAAAUUCAUUUGAAACGUUCGAAUCUCAAGUGAAAUGUUAAUUCACCGUUUUUCUGAUGCAAAAAUGCAAUCAGUGAAUGUCCUAAUGUUUCUGUAAUAUCAUGAGAAUGUAAAUGUAAAUGUAAAUGUAAAUGUAAAUGUAAAUGUAAAUGUUAAUGUUAAUGUUAAUGUUAAUGUUAAUGUUAAUGUUAAUGUUAAUGUAAAUGUUGAAACUUGUUAAUUGCUCACUUUAUAAGGUAUAUUUUUAUAAUAAGAUCAGUACUGAAGAUGAAGAAAUUGUUCUAUUACUGUAAUAUUUGUAAAACUUUUUGCUAUAUGUAUACAACACGAAGAAUAAAGAUUUUAUACUAUA